UUAUUGAGGCAACGGUUGGAGAGAUGGAUGAUGACCAGCCUGUUGUUGGGAGUCUGAUGGCUGAAGAAGCUGGGUGUAACCCAGGUUCCUGUAGCACGUGCCCACUGAGAGGCUCAGGGGUGGUAGAGGAGGCUGAGCUUCAGCUACCUGUAUUGGAUCUCCUGGCAAUACACAAAAGCCCUAACUCAGAAAAUAGUGAGGGGGAGAGCCAUGGUGGAUGCCUUAUGCUCCCAAGGCCACGACGAUUAGGUCAAGUAGAUCAGCUACCGGUGUUAAUGCAGAGAGACCCUGGUCUGGAUGGCAGCGUGGAUGUUGAGGGUCAUCUCCCUGACUCCGCCCUCACUGACCCCUCCCUCUCUGACCCCACCCUCUGUGGUCUUACCCCUGAUGGUAGGGGGUAUGGAGAGCGGAGCAGCGUGGAGAGGGAGGUGGCUGAACAUCUGGCCAAGGGUUUCUGGCCUGAUUUAUACCCCUCACAGACUGAACCUCUCCCUAGUCUCCCUGAUCUGGACACCAUGGAGCACGGAGGUCUGGGGAGAGUUCCUAAUCUGGACACCAUGGAGCACGGAGGUCUGGGGAGAGUUCCUAAUCUGGACACCAUGGAGCAGGGAGGUCUGGGGAGAGUUCCUAAUCUGGACACCAUGGAGCACGGAGGUCUGGGGAGAGUUCCUAAUCUGGACACCAUGGAGCACGGAGGUCUGGGGAAGGCUACAGACUUCCCCUGGCAGCUAGACCUGAACUCAAAUCCAGCAGACUGUCCCUUCCUUAGAGACCUGGGGACAGGAGAGGCAGAGGGGAUGGAAGAGGUAGGGGGGGUGGAGGAGACCGGGGAGAUGGGUAAGGUAGGACAGACUGGUGUGAUGGGUGGGGUGGAGGAGACCGGGGAGGCCCAGACCCCUGGUGGGAACCACAGCCUGUCCCAGUCUGAGAUGAGUCCCUACAUGUCAUCUCUUAACUCAGGAGAGGACUCAGAUGGAGACCUGGACACAGAUGGAGACACGGAGAGAGAGGCCAACAACAGGAGAGCACAAGAGGUUCGUCUGCCCUUCCCGGUGGUUCAGAUCUCGUCAGUGAGUCGUAGUGCCUUCCAACAGCUCCUCCGAUGCCAGCAGCUGACCCACGAACAGCUGGAAUUCGUCCACGACGUCCGCCGACGCAGCAAGAACCGCGUGGCCGCCCAGCGCUGUCGCAAGAGGAAGCUAGAAGGCAUCAGUCAACUACAGACUGAGAUCGGCACACUGAGAGGAGAGAAGAAGAGGUUGCUGGAGGAGCAGGCCCAUCUGCAGAGGAACAUGGAGGAGAUGUUACAGAGUCUGACAGGGUUGUGUCACAGCGUCUGCAACGAGACAGGGGUCUGUCAUGAGCAGGACCAGCUACAGCUCCUAUCCAAGCUCCAGUCUCCUGACGUCUCUCUCUCAGCCCUCCUCAACACUCUGGCCUCCCCCAGCCUCCCCCUCUCCUCUCCUGGCCUCCCCUUGGGACUGAAGCCAGAGAGCUUAGAGCCCCAACCCCUGCCUACACCACCAGCACCAGCACAGCCCUAGAACCAAUCACAGCCCCAACCCCUGCCUAUACCACAACCACCAGCACAGCCCUAGACCCAAUCACAGCCCCACCACUGCCGUAACCUGCCCUAGAGAACUGCCCCAAGGCUGUCCCAACCUGCCCUAGAGAACUGCCCCAACGCGGUCCCAACC